GUCCGGCAUUGCUUCCAAAAUGGCUUUAAGAAUUUCAAAAAAUCAGUUGUUCAUUUUGUUAGUAGUAAUAAUUAAUACGGCUUCUGGCGAGGAUGCAACAAAGAGCCCGGCGAAUCCUGAUGAAAAAGGUAACUGCACAUGCGGGGGUUUCUCGACGUCGACUAUAACGGCGGAGAGCGCGCCGCUGCUGGCUCAGUCGCCCGGUCUCAUGGUGAAGUGUAACGAGGAAGGCGAGACUGCUUGCAAGAACCUCUGCGUCGCCCUCGCCAAUGUUACCAAAGCUAAAGGCCCCGAAAUACUCUGCAAGAGACUUAAGGACGCUGAUGAACUUAAGCUAUCGGCGUUUUUCAAAGUGUGCGAAAAUCCUUGGAUAUACGCAGAUAUGACUGCAGAUGAGCCUCUCUGCUGCGAAAACGAGAAGAUUAAGACAUGCGCGUCUGCACCGAAAGACAACACCACUGCAGUUGUCGAUCCCAAGACUGUUAUGUGAAACCUAAAAACACAUAUCUGACAUACAAAUGAAGCUUACCUUGAUAUAGCUGCUAUAUGUUUAGUUAAGACGUUAAAUAUAUUCCACAUUUAAAAUUAUAUAUGAUGUUAAUAAAACAAAGACAUAUCUGAAUUAAAA